AUUUAAAAACCAACUUACUAAAUCUUAGAUAAUUUAGGGAACAACCUUACAAAUAAGACAUAUAUAACAACCAAAUAUAGAAGGGCUCCAAAUGCAAUUUAUUUGAGUUACUAUCCUUGGAGUUGGAGUUGGUUCAUUCUUUCUUCGUAAUCGUAAUUGACUAAUUGGUAAGGACAGUCGGUCUGUGGUUCUAUGGCAGCAGAAAUGGUUGCCAACCUUCAGUUCACAGGCUUUCCAACUCCAAUAAAUUCUACCAUAACCGCACGAAAAUUCUAUCUGGGCAGGUCGCCGUUUUCUUUUUCUUCUUCUUCUUCGCAACCAGAAUGCAGUCUCAGUAGGACCUCAUUCCCUUCCUUGUCUUUAAAAUUCAGACAUGGUCGCUCCUCUGUUUCGGCCUCUACUUCUUCUUCUUCUUCGACGAACGCGAAAGCUUCUACUAAGCUCUACGUCAGUGGGCUCUCAUUCCGCACCACAGAAGAGAGUUUAAGAAAUGCUUUCGAAAAUUUUGGGCAGCUUGUUGAAGUCAAUUUGGUGAUGGAUAAAAUAGCAAAAAGGCCAAGAGGGUUUGCUUUCCUUAGCUAUGAAACUGAGGAAGAAUCUAAAAAGGCUAUUGAGGGAAUGCACGGAAAGUUUUUGGACGGAAGGGUAAUAUUUGUUGAAUUGGCAAAACCUAGAUCUGAGCUCAAUCAAAGACCCAAACAAAGCCCUGGACGGUAUUGAUUUCGAAGAGCAAAGCAAGCUCAUGUCUCUAGCAUAAUCAUGUUUGUAAAGUAUAAUGUAUUUUUAUUGAAAGCAAUUUUUAGUGAAAUGUGUGAUUAGUAGCAUUGAUAUUGUAUAAUAAAUAAUAUUAAGUAGAGGAAGAAGCAAUAUCUCGUUUUAAAUGUAGACAGAUUAAUAUAGUAUGUUUGAAAUUCUGACCUGGAAA